AUGGAUACCUCAAAUAUCACGACUCAUCUACGAUACCUCACGGAAUCUUCACAUUUGCUCGCAUUAUCAGCUCCAGAGGUGUCUAGAUUUCUCAUGAAUAAAUGUAACAAACUUUCUUUGAAAUAUGAGAAGGACUUGAAAAUCCCUCAAGUUCCUAAAUCUUGCAAUGCUUGUGGCGCAAUUAUAAUACUUGGAUGGGGGGGAACAAUUUCGCUUGAGUCUACGAAUAUAAACCAAAUGGGCAAAAAAGCUAAUAGUAAAAAGAGACACCAAAAAAAAGCGGGAGAAAAUUCCAAAACCCUAGUUUACGAAUGCAAAGCCUGUCAUGGCAAAACACGAGAGACGCUACGAAAUAGGCCCAAAAUAAAAUUUCAGUCUAAUGUAGGCAAAUUUUCUUGUGCUAAUAUGAGCGCGAGCACCGAAAACCAAAAUAUAAUAGGCCAGCUCUCUACCCACGGGACACAGUCUCUAAGUUCCAAAAGGCGUAGAAAAUCUAAGAAAAAUACGCUUGAAGCGCUUUUGGCAGAAAGAAAAGAUGCAAAACCUAAAUCAGUUGGUUUUGAUUUGAUGGAUUUCAUGAAAAAAACUUGA